AUGGAUCUUCCGAGCCUCGCCGCCGUCCUCCAAGCUGCUCUCAGUCCCAACCAGGACCAGCGGAAGGCUGCCGAGCAGAGUCUCAAUCAGAUACAGUUCACUCCUCAGCACCUGGUAAGGGUGUUGCAGAUCAUCGUCGAUAAUAGUUGUGACACGGCGGUGCGGCAAUUCGCUAGUAUCCAUUUCAAGAACUUCAUUGCUAAGAACUGGGCUCCUUACGACACUGAUGAGCCUUCGAAGAUUGCUCCGAGUGAUAAAGAUGUAGUCAGAGAUCACAUCCUCGUUUUCAUUGCGCAAGUUCCCCCAAUUUUAAGAGUACAACUAGGUGAGUGCCUGAAGACAAUCAUCCAUGCCGAUUACCCAGAGCAGUGGCCACGCUUGCUGGAAUGGAUAAAGCAUAAUCUUCAGGAUCAACAAGUUUAUGGGUCUUUGUUUGUUUUCAGGAUUCUUUCGCGAAAAUAUGAGUUCAAGUCCGACGAAGAAAGGAUUCCUGUUAAUCGAAUAGUUGACGAGACAUUUCAACACCUUCUCAACAUUUUUACUAGGCUCGUGCAGAUUGAGAAUCCAUCACUAGAAGUGGCGGAGCUAAUCAAGCUUAUCUGUAAAAUAUUCUGGUCAUCGAUAUAUUUGGAGAUCCCAAAACAGCUCUUUGAUCCGAAUGUCUUCAACGCUUGGAUGCUUCUCUUCUUAAACGUUUUGGAGAGGCCUGUUCCAGUAGAGGGGCAGCCAAUAGACCCAGAGAUUAGGAAGUCAUGGGGAUGGUGGAAAGUGAAAAAGUGGACAGUCCAUAUCCUAAACCGGUUGUAUACGAGGUUUGGAGACCUCAAAAUACAGAACCCAGAGACAAAAGGUUUUGCUCAAUUGUUUCAGAAGAAUUAUGCGGGGAAGAUUUUGGAGUGCCAUUUGAAUUUGUUGAAUGUGAUCCGUGUUGGUGGGUAUCUACCCGACAGAGUUACCAAUCUGAUUCUUCAGUAUCUGAGCAACAGCAUCACAAAGAAUACCAUGUAUACUUUGCUACAACCUAGACUUGAUGUUCUUCUCUUUGAGAUAGUUUUCCCACUCAUGUGCUUCAACGACAAUGAUCAAAAGCUAUGGGAUGAAGACCCACAUGAAUAUGUGAGGAAGGGUUAUGAUAUCAUUGAAGAUUUGUAUAGUCCAAGGACUGCAUCUAUGGAUUUUGUUAGCGAGCUGGUUAGGAAAAGGGGAAAGGAGAACCUUCAUAAGUUUAUCCAGUUCAUUGUUGAAGUUUUUAGAAGAUAUGAUGAAUCCCCCAUCGAGCGCAAGCCUUAUCGUCAAAAGGAUGGUGCACUGCUUGCCAUUGGAGCCCUUUGUGAUAAACUGAAACAAACCGAGCCUUACAAAUCUGAACUGGAGCGUAUGCUAGUGCAACAUGUGUUUCCUGAGUUCAGCAGCCCUGUUGGUCAUCUUAGAGCAAAGGCAGCUUGGGUUGCAGGGCAGUAUGCGCACAUCAGCUUUUCAGAUCAGAACAACUUCCGGAAAGCUUUGAGUAGUGUUGUAUCAGGCCUGCGUGAUACGGAGCUUCCUGUUCGUGUGGAUUCAGUUUUUGCAUUGAGGAGUUUUGUUGAAGCCUGCAAAGAUUUGAAUGAGAUACGGCCUAUCCUCCCUCUUCUUCUUGAUGAAUUCUUUAAGCUCAUGAAUGAAGUAGAGAAUGAAGACUUGGUAUUUACCCUGGAGACUAUUGUGGAUAAAUUUGGAGAGGAGAUGGCUCCCUAUGCUCUGGGUUUAUGCCAAAAUCUGGCAGCUGCCUUUUGGAGGUGUAUGAACACUGCUGAGGCUGAAGAUGAAGCUGAUGAUCCUGGUGCCCUGGCAGCAGUUGGUUGUUUGCGAGCUAUAAGCACUAUUCUAGAGUCUGUGAGCCGGCUUCCUCACCUUUUUGUUCAAGUCGAGCCGACGCUGCUCCCCAUAAUGAGGAGAAUGUUGACAAGUGAUGGCCAAGAGGUGUUUGAAGAAGUAUUGGAAAUUGUUUCUUAUAUGACAUUUUUCGCGCCCACAAUAUCCUUGGAGAUGUGGACACUUUGGCCAUUGAUGAUUGAAGCACUUGCUAUUUGGGCUAUUGACUUCUUUCCAAAUAUUCUUGUUCCCUUGGACAACUAUGUUUCCCGGGGGAAUGCACAUUUUCUAGAGUGCAAAGAACCAAAUUACCAGCAAAGCUUAUGGAACAUGCUUUCAUCAAUCAUGGCUGAUCCGAAUUUGGAGGACAGUGAUAUAGAACCUGCACCAAAGCUUAUUGAAGUGGUCUUCCAGAAUUGCAGAGGACAAGUGGAUCAUUGGGUAGAGCCAUAUCUUAGAAUCACUGUGGAGAGAUUGCGUCGAUCUGAGAGGCCGUACUUAAAGUGCCUCCUAGUUCAAGUGAUUGCAGAUGCACUUUACUACAAUGCACCUUUGACGUUGAGUAUCUUGACUAAGCUUGGUGUUGCAACAGAGGUUUUUGGCCUCUGGUUUCAGAUGUUGCAACAAAAGAAAAAGAGUGGCCAAAUGACCAAUUUCAAGAGGGAACACGACAAGAAAGUCUGUUGCCUGGGGUUAACAUCAUUGCUGGCCCUUCCCGCGGAUCAAUUACCUGCAGAUGCUUUGCAGCGUAUUUUUACCGCCACACUUGGCCUCCUAGUUGCAUACAAGGAACAGGUUGCAGAAGCUGCAAAGGCAGAAGAAGCUGAAGAUGAUGAUGAUAUGGAUGGCCCGGAGACCGAUGAUGACGAUGAUGAAGAUGCUGAUGAUUCUGACAAGGAAAUGGGAGUUGAUGCCGAGGACGGUGAUGAAGCUGACAGCAUCAAGCUGCAGAAGUUAGCUGCACAGGCGAAAGCCUUCCGCCCUCAUGACGAGGACGAUGAUGACUCUGAUGAUGACUACAGUGAUGAUGAAGAGUUGCAAUCACCAAUUGAUGAGGUGGACCCUUUUGUUUUCUUCAUGGAUGCUGUCCAAGCCAUGCAAGCAUCUGAUCCAGCACGGUUCCAUAGCCUCAAGCAGACUCUCGACUUCCAUCAUCAAGCUCUAGCAAAUGGGGUCGCCCAGCAUGCUGAUCAGAGGAGAGUGGAGAUUGAGAAGGAAAAACUGGAGAAGGCAUCGGCUGCUGCCGCCGCCACAUCAUAA